AUGGCAAGAACGGAUGCAGAAGGACCUCCGCGCGUGCGGUCCAGUACAGCUUGCUUACGCUGUAGGAGGUCCAAGAUCAAGUGCGACAACACAGGCCAGCUUGAUGCUGCCUGUGAGAAUUGCAUCAAAGCAGGUCAGCGCUGCCAAUGGCCAGACCCAUCUGUGGUGCCACCAAAACGGACAGAUGCGCCAUCGAGUAUACGACAAGACAGUGAGCCGGGUCGAGGAAGAAAACGUCCCAGAAUAACUCCAGCCAAUGCGCAAAGUGAUGGUCAGCAGAACGCCGAAGAUAUUCUUUCGGCGCCUUUUCUUGACAGGCAUGUCUGGGAUCAGAUACUGGCCACCUAUAAGCUCCAUUUCGCAACAGAGCUACCUUUCCUGCACACCCCCACGCUAAAGGACAAGAUCUACCAGUCUCGGAGAGAUCCAGCGACGGGUUCUUCAGAGCUGAAUCUUGUACUGCUCGGAAUCCUCGCCUUGACAGCGAGAUACCACGACGAACUCGUUAAACCAGCAGCUGCCGCUGCCUCUGAAUUCUUCGCGGAUACUCUCGACAAAGCUUUGGGAUCUUGCAGGCUGGCCAUGACAAGAGCAACCGUAGAGCGCGUUUACGCACUCUUGUUGCUGGGUCUAUACCAGUGGAUAUCACGAGACCAUCAGGGCUUAGGGUCUUGGAUGUACGUUGGCAUGGCCAUACGCAUGGCACAGGCGCUCAAAAUUGGGGUCGGAGACGUGGCUCAGUCCUUAUCUUCCUCUCCGUUUACCGAGAAGACUCUCAUUGAUCGAGAAGUUAGACGGCGAACAAUGUUCAGCUGCUUCAUUCUCGAUCGCAUACUAUCGUGCGGAAAAGAUAGAGCUUCUUGCAUACGCUCGGAAGACCUGCAUAUCCAGCUGCCCUGUUCUGAGGAAGAUUUCGAUUUGACUCGACAAGUCUAUACUGGCUUUCUCCGGGGCUCGCUUGUCUCCGCUGCAGCCAGCCGCCCAGACAGCCCCAACAUUCUCAGCAGUUUUGUACAGCUCAUUGACAUAUGGGGAGAGAUAUCGCACUACAGCAACGCCGGCGGCCGUUUCUCCGAGGAACAAAGCGUUGCUCCAUGGGAAGCACAAGCAAAAUUCUCAAGACUCACCCGAAAGCUCGUCGACUUCAAUACAAAUAGUCGGCAAGGCUCCAGUGCGUUUGUUUCGCUGCACAUGCUUAUGUGUCUCUCAAAGAUCAUGCUUCAUCGCGAAUAUAUCCCAUUCAUUCCCGUCAGGUGCGGAAGACCCAAUGGGCCGUUGGACGAGCCGACUUUUGCUCCAGACAUCACUCCGCCGGGCUUCUGGGCGAGCAGUGCUAAGGAGCUCUUCCAUGCUGCAGCUGAGAUCUGUGAUUUGAUCGAAAUAUGCGGCGAAAAAUUGCCACACUCGUCACUUGUGGUGUUUGCCAUCUGGCAUGCUGCCUAUGUCGGGCUGUAUGCUAGUCAUUUCCCCCAAAUGGACGUAAACAGGUUCAAGGAAGCUGAUGAGUUCUACGCUAGAAUUAUCGAGGACUAUAAUCGAAACCAUGACUUGAAUCGGGCUCUAAAUACACGACAAACAGGCCCGAGAACACGUAGUGUUCGAAUGGGUGGCAAUGGGGGCAGCGUUGAGGAAUGGCAUAAGAGGAAGGACUAUCUCACCAACAAUGGUUCCAUCAUUGGAGACGACUGCAGAGAACACUCGCGAGGCCUGGAGCUGGAUUUGACGGCAGCUGGUGCAACACCUGCUGCGACGGAUCACUACACAAGGCUCGAUGCCGAGCUCGUCGCAGACAUGGAGGGGAAGCCCUUUGGGUUCGGCUAUCUGAACCAGAACGUUUUCGUGGGAGGAUUCGAUGAGUUCUCGCCUGGUGGAUGGGAGGCCCCGUCACAGGAGGUUGCCAGGCUACUGUUCCCUCUUACGGAAGACGACGCAUGA